AUGUCAGAGAAACGCCCCUUACCUGGCGACAUUCUGGACGAUGGUCACGAUUCAAAGCGUCCACGCUCCGCGCAAGCAUCACCGGCCCCUGACAACGAUGUCGAGCGCAAGAAGCGUGAAGUCGCCGAGCGCAUUGCUGCCAUGAAGGCUCGGAUGGCAAAUAGAGGAGGCCCCGCUGGCUCUGGCACUGCUCCUUCGCCUACUCCCGCCGCUGCCCCGCCAGCCAAUUCUGCGAAUGAUAUGCAAGCUCGUAUUGCUGCUAUGAAGGCUCGCCUACCAGGGAAAGCCGCCCCAGCCUCUCCCUCUUCCGCGUCCGCGUCAGCAUCGACUCCCGCUUCCACCUCAGAAGAUGUCAGGAAGGCUCGCAUUCAGGAACAACUUGCUGCCAUCAAGGCAAAGGUUGCCCUAAGGCAGCAGCAACAACAACAACACCAACCUCCAACCGAUAUACCCACACGUCCUGCCGCCCAAUCAUCCGGCUACGCCCCUUCUCCACCUGUUCGAGACGAUGUCGCCGCAAGCGCAAGAGGUGGCUUGAACGUUGGAUUGCAUCCUAGCUUGCUGGGUGGUCCAUCAAGGUCUGGCAACAACAAGAAGCAAAGAGACGAGCCCGCAAAACACAAUCCUUAUCUGGCUGGUGAUGACCAAAAAACCACGCUUCAAAAUGAGCCAUUCUACGACCCCUCGUUGCAGAAGCAGAAAGAUCGCAAGUCCAAGCAGCUGCUCUUCAACCAGAAGGGAAAGUUCAUGGCUCAGGCUGAAGCUUUGAGGCAACAAGCGAGAAUUGAGCAAAUGGCAAAGGAGAUGCAAGAACAAGCGCGGAAACAAGCAAUAGAAGAGGCCACCGAAAAGUCCUUCUUAGUCCCGGCUCCACCAGAAAUCGAGUGGUGGGACGAAGGUCUCGUGACCGGAGGCAACUACGAGAACCUCGAAGCUGCAGACAAGAUUAACAUGGAUGUCAUCACAAGAUACGUCCAACAUCCCGUUCUCCUGUCUGCGCCUCAAGAUGCCAAUGUGCCUGCUCCCAAGGCCAUGUAUCUCACAAAGCAGGAGCAGAAGAAGGUUCGGCGACAACGUCGUAUGGCAGAUCACAAGGAAGAGCAGGCAAAGAUUAGACUUGGCCUCAAGGCACCGCCUCCACCGAAGGUCAAGAAGUCAAACCUUAUGCGUGUUUUGGGCAAUGAAGCUGUCAAGGAUCCUACCGCGGUCGAAGCUCGUGUAAAUCGCGAGAUCGCCCAGCGUGCCGAUGAUCACGAGACGGCCAACGCUGAGAGACAGUUGACAAAGGAACAACGUUUAGAGAAAUUGGCUGCUCAGCAAGAAGCUGAUGCUACUUUGAGUAUGAGAGUACUCGUCUUCAAGAUCGACAACUUGAGUUACGGAAAACACCGCUUCCAAAUCAACAAGAAUGCCGAGCAACAGGCCUUGACAGGCAUCACCAUCUUCCAUCCCAAGAUGAACCUGGUCAUCGUUGAGGGUGGUUCUCACAGUAUCGACGCGUACAAGAAGCUUAUGCUCAACCGCGUAAAAUGGACUGAAAAUGCCAUGCCCCAGAGUGUGCGUGAAGGCAAUCAAGAAGCCAACGCUGCUUGGCUUAAUGCUUUCGAUGAGGAUGGCAAGCUCAAGGACAACACGUUCAACAGAUGCCAGCUCGUUUUCGAGGGCGAGGAGAAGCAGCGCGCAUUCAAGCGCUGGAUGCCUUACAAAGCCUGCGAAACCGAUGGUGAAGCCAAGGAUGUGCUCGGCAGGUACAAGAUGGAAAACAUGUGGACGCUGGCACAGUCUCCAGCAUUCCAGUAA